AUGGGACUCGAGAAGCUCUUCGCUGUCGCAGCGCCUAAGAAAGGAUCCUCGAAGCCACCGUCCAAUGGAACAUCCGUAGCACCAAUGUAUCUUGAGCAAAUAUUCCGAUUUCCUGGAGUUCUAACAGAAGUUUCGUGCGUUGUCAAGAAUCUAUCAGAAGGCUAUACAACAUAUCAAAAUGGGGCGGCACUUAGAAACCAACUCGAAUCCGUUGUGCCGGAGGUGCAAACGUUUGCUUCGGGGAUGAACCGAUAUUUGAAGAACAAAAACUUUUUGGAUUUAUUUCAGACAUUCUUGGUGGGAGCAAAUGUUGUUGCUGCUUUCAUGGAAGUACUACAGGGUUCUUCUGGUCUCGAAGAAAUUGGAUUGAAGAUUUACGGCGAGCUUGAAGCGCAGACGGGUCUUGCUGCCCCAGAUAAGUUUGCGAAGCAUGUCGACAAAUACAUCCGGAAAGAGGCUUCGAGUGUUUAUGGAGGCGAUGCCGAGCAUCUCUAUUUCCUCUAUCACCCGGAUACUGAUUGGCACGGCGAGUUUCACGAUAUCGUUCAGAACAAACCGGUGCCAAGUAAUUUUGUCGGCAUGUCUGAAAACCUUCACGCCCUGUGCACUUGGAUGUUAUUUAUGCGGAAGCGACUAGAGAGAUCACGAAUCAAUGCGCAUUUUCAUCUUCUCAUUCCUGCAUACCGACCAAUGGUCGUCAGAACGGCUUUCGUAUUUCCUGAAGAACUGUACCCUUUAACAGUCCGCGGACACAUUCACAAUUCGAAAGAAUAUGUCUGGCUCAAUCUUCCGACAAUGAAAGAUGUUCCUGCUGAUUUGUUCGAAUUGUCAAAUGUGGGAAAUAUUGCAACUUUGCCCAAGCCACCAGCAUUAUGGCAGCAUGCUCUGACUUGGGUUGGAAGUAUGAUAAUGCCGAGAAAAGAGCCACCCCCGAUAAUUCUCGGAAGGGGAAACGUAAACCCAAAUGCUCCUAUUUCGUUAGAAGACAAUGAGGAUGAAAAGGUCGCGGCUCCCGAGGAUAUAAUCAUUCAGCCUGAAACACGACAGGUGAUAAGAGGCGAGAAGAGGCGAAAGCAUCGAAGUUCAAGACCGAGGAGUGAGCUCAAAUAG